CUCCGCGCACUCCGCGCGCACGCCUCCUGCCUCGCGCCUCCAUCCCGGAUUCUCCGCUGCGGCGUCAUACGCCGCCUCCUCUUUUCCUCUUCCUGCGGCUCCGCCUCCGCCUCCUCCGCCCUCCUGCUCUCCGAGGUCUCUGCUCGCGGCCUGGAACCGAGACCGAGCCCGGGGUCGCCGGCUGCCAUGCUGCCCGGGCGGCGGCGCUGAAGGAUGGCGACGCCCGUGCCCCCGCCCGCUCCGCGCCACCUGCGGCUGCUGCGGCUGCUGCUCUCCGGCCUCGUCCUCGGCGCUGCGCUGACGGGGACCACCGCCAGCCGCCCGGGUGCAAUUGCCUGCCCCGGGAGCCUGGACUGUGCCCUGAAGAGGCGAGCGAGGUGCCCCCCAGGUGCACGUGCCUGUGGGCCGUGCCUCCAGCACUUCCAGGAAGAUCCCCACGGGCUGUGUGUGCCCAGGACGCACCAGCCACGGGGGCAGGGGCUGCCCCCGCCCAGGCUGGAAGAUGACAUCGACCUCUUGGCCCAAGAACUGGCGGUGAAGGAGGCCGGGCACUCACAGCUCGAGCUGAAGCCAGUCCUUGAGGACCGACCCGGGCACCUGGAGCCUGCAGUUACCCUGGUGUUCUCAGAGCGUGGUCAGAGACCAGAAUCCGGCCUGCCCUCCCCUCAGGGAGCCCCCACCCCCACCCCCCGCGCCUCCUGGGGCUCCCCCUUGCCUUCUGGGCCCGUGCACAUGGUGCCCCUGGAGCCCCAGAGUCAGCGUGGUGAUGGCCUGACCCUUGUGCUGCUCGUGGUGUUCUGCGUGUCUGGCGCUGGUGCCCUGGCUGUGGCCACGCUCUGCUGGUGUAGGCUGCGGCGAGAUAUCCACCUGACCCAGAAGGCGGACUACUGUGCUGCAAAGGUGCCUGGCUCGCCCAGGACACCCCGGAUUUCGCCCGGGGACCAGCGGCUGGCGCACAGCGCGGAGAUGUACCACUACCAGCACCAGAGGCAGCAGAUGCUGAGCCUGGAGCGAGAGGACCCAGUGAUCCCGCCCUCAUCCAGGCACAAGGAGCCCCCCAAGGAGCUGGAGUCGGUCUCUUCAGACGAGGAGAAUGAAGAUGGCGACUUCACAGUAUACGAGUGUCCCGGCCUCGCACCGACCGGAGAGAUGGAAGUGCGCAACCCCCUGUUCGACCACUCCUCGCUGCCGGCGCCGCCACCAGAACCCCGCUCCUCACCCUCGCUGCCGUGACUGAGGCUGUGCCUGCCACUUGCCUACAGCGCGGGAGCCCCAGAGGGAACGCUGCUGACCGUGCCAGUGCUGUGUGGGCACUGGCCCAGGGCCCCUGCCAGCCAGAGCCCUGUGGUAGGCUGGGAGACCGUGGUCCCCUUGCACCUCCCAAGCUGGAAGGAGUGGGAAGACCCUAGAGCCCAGGCAUAGGUGGGGAAUUCUAGAGACAAAAGUCAAUUAAAGUACCUCUCAUGCCUGUGA